UACAAAAUGGUGUUGAAAGUAAACACCAGUGUUUUCUUCCUCCUUAUUAAGUUAAUGGUAUGUUAUUCACGUCAUCUUCAAGCGACUAUAAAUCCAACAAUAGGAGCACCAUGGCCAAUGCCACAGAAAUAUUCACCUUCAAACAAGGUGUAUAUGUUAGACGAAUCAACUUUUAGAUUUGAGGCGACUGGCGAAACAUGUGAUAUUCUAACCUCGGCUUUUGAUAGAUAUAAACAAAUAAUAUUCGACACAACUUUUAGAUUUCAACCAAAACAUGGAACAGACACCGAGAACGCGUUGACAGUUGCAUCAGUGAAAGUUGAAUCGGAAUGCGACAGAUUUCCAAGUUUGGAAUCUGACGAAUCUUACGAUCUCACCGUCAGUGAAACCGGUAUCGUAAUUAAUGCAAAUGCUGUCUGGGGUGCUCUCAGAGGACUGGAAACAUUUAGUCAACUUAUAGUAAAUAAGUAUUUCAUUAAUGGGACAACUAUCACGGACUUUCCUAGAUUUAUGCACCGUGGAAUGCUGAUAGAUACAUCUAGACAUUUUUUAUCUGUUGACGUAAUCAAGAAACAUGUAGAAGCUAUGGCUCAGAACAAGUUUAAUGUGUCUCAUUGGCACAUUGUGGACGACCCAAGUGCACCAUUUCCUGAAAUGAGUCAAAAGGGAUCUUAUCCAGGACCUGGCCAUGUAUACACAGCUUCAAAUGUUUUGGACAUCAUUGGUUAUGCAAGAAUGAGGGGAAUUCGUGUCAUACCAGAGUUUGAUACGCCAGGACAUACUCAAUCAUGGGGAAAAGGUAUUCCCGAUUUAUUGACGAAAUGUUACAGAAAGGGUGAAUUUGAUGGUAACUAUGGACCGAUAGACCCGUCUAAGAACAGCACUUAUACUUUCCUGGAAACAUUUUUUCGUGACAUAGCAAACACUUUCCCAGAUCAAUAUAUUCAUCUUGGUGGUGAUGAAGUUUCAUUUGGAUGUUGGAAGAGCAACCCAGAUAUAACAACAUUCAUGUCAAAAAUGAGUUUUGGAACAAGUUAUUCAAAACUGGAACAAUAUUACAUGCAGAAUUUGUUAAAUAUAAUUGGUAAAAAGUUAAACAAAGGAUACCUUAUUUGGCAAGAAGUUAUAGACAAUGGAGCUAUGGUACAACCAGAUACAGUAGUUGAAGUUUGGAAGCGUGGAUAUGUAGAAGAACUUGCCAAAAUAACUAAGUUAGGAUAUAAAACAUUACUAUCAUCUUGUUGGUACCUGAACUACAUAUCAUAUGGGGAUGACUGGAGAAAAUAGUAUGCUUGUGAUCCACAACAUUUCAACGGUACUGAUGAACAGAAGAAAUUAGUUAUUGGUGGAGAAACCUGCAUGUGGGUGAAUUUGUUGAUAACACCAAUUUGAUUGCUCGAUUUUGGCCAAGAGCAGCUGCAGUAGGUGAACGUUUGUGGAGUGACAUGUCGUUAAGAAGUACAGCUGAGGCAGCACCAAGGCUUGAAGAACAUAGAUGUAGAAUGGUCAGUCGAGGCUUUGCUGCUGAACCUGUUAAUGGACCUGGAUUCUGUCCAGAAGAAUACACCAAGUUUUAAUCGUUACCAAUCUCGUUCAAUGUAAAAAAAAAAUCAAAGAUCUGUGAUAUACUUAUGUAGCUACAUCAUCACAUCAAUGCAUAUCUUUUAUAUCAGUUGUGCAAUGUGUCACACAAUCAUUCACGAAUAUUAUAUUUAUCUACACAGUUUUAUUUUGAAUAAGCUGGUUGUUAUAUAUAACUGUUAUUAUAAGUAAUGUGAAAUCCAUUGUUGGAUUUUAAAAUUAAAAUUUCUUAAUUAAAUAUUUAUACUUUA